CCUUGUUUCAGAUAGCGCUCACUGUAACUAGCGCUCACGACUAUUAUGUUCCCGUUCAUAUUCCACCGUUCGCCCAGCGACUCAUCGAGUUCUGCGGACGCCCCCCGGGACGGCAAUUCCACCGACAGUUCCGGGGAUAGCAGCCAUGGAAUGGCAACAACAGAUAGGCCUUCGGCACCCCCCGCCGAAUCAACACCGACACCGUCCUUGGCCUCAGAGGACCUGCUAGCCAGCGAUCCAGAGAUACAAGCGAUGUGUGCCCAGACACCUCAGCCACGUAGUGGCACUCCACAGAUAGUGAAUCCGAUACAACAACCAACAACUACCCCUCCCCCUCCUCCGCAGCAAGGAACUUCGCAGAUGUCUGAUCCGGGUCCAGGUCCAAGCAACCAGCCAGUACCAGAACCGCUUCAGCAACCAGCACCGCCAAGACAACGAAUACGGAGAGACCGCAGCCCACUCCAGCGUCCUAUGUUGGAACCUCGAGACGCGGCAUUGCCACCACGAAGCCCGGACGACUUCUGGCACUACCUGGUCAACCAUCAUCCAUGGGCACGCCACGUACGCCCCCGCCAGAUUCGCCGCGAUGAAAUCGCAGAGCAACAGAUAUCCAACGAUUUACCAGUGGACGUGUAUCGCCAUGUACCACACUUGGGCUAUGCCGCAAUUCGAUUCGUCCACUCCCUGUUCCCGCGGACACCACCUAAUCUGAAAACGGUGCGAGCACCCUUGGCCUUCAUCGAAUUCUCCAACCUCGAAGAUGCUGUCAUAUUCCGAGACAAGGCUCAAAGAGUACUAGAAGCUACCUUACGAGGAGAUGGCGAGCUGGUACAACAAGAAAGGACGAUGGCACCCAAAGAUGUUCGUUCGUCGAUCCUCUUGCCGCCCAAACUCAAAGGAAGUUAUCCAGUAUUGUACCAGAUAGCAGCCAUAGGAUCUAACAGCCUGGUAAUCGAAGCUAAAGAUUUCUUUGUCUUCAUGCCGGAUAGACUCGAACUUCAUUGUAUCCUGCUCGACCGAUUUUCCCUGAAUAUCGAAAAUAAUACUUACGGUUACGACAGGCAUUUGAUAUCCGUCAAAGAUUUUGUGUGGGUCUAUGAAGUCGCACCAACCAUCGCAGCCGUACGGUCGCCGGCGCGUUGUCUCCAGCUGGCCAGGAUACCUCGGACAGCAGCACUCGAAACGAAUACCCAGUUUUUCUUCCGGGCCGCAGUGUUUGCUUUUGUGACACCAGCCGUCUGGACCCAGCCUCACUUAGGUGUUGUGCUCAAGUUGACCCGCAGAGGCGAGACCGUUAACAACUUCAAGAUGGCGCUAGAAGGAGUCCCAGAGGCUGUGACCAUCACUAAAUCUAUCUGUGAGUUCGAAUGGCCGGAUGUUCAGGAGGAUGAAAUCCUAAUAGCACAGAGCCGGAAGAACGUUUCCUGCGCAGUCAGAUUCUCCGAGCCACCCGCAUCGAAAACCGCACGGGACUGGCUCCGUCGUCAAGUCGAGCACUUCUGUCCAGCCCACCCCGACGAAGGCAUGGUUCCCAUGAAGGUUAGGAAGGCACGUCAAGAAGAUAUCGACUGGUUCUUCGACCGAACCGGGGAAUUCAACAACUUUGUCAACAACCACCCUCAAGCACUCCGCAGGAUGAGUAAAGUUUUCAGUAUGGCGUGCGCUGCACUAGUAGCACUUCAGAACCUGGACGAUGACAACAGAACACACAGAGUCACCGCUACGGUUCCGUCGGUAUCGUCACAUCCGCUCCAACUGCAGCUCACACUGCAAGACAUGUCAUCAAUGGAGGGAUGGACGAAACAUCGUCCCGUGGGAGUGUGGAUCAUGGACGUCUGGUGGUUCACCAAACUUGAGGUAGAUGAAGCUGAGUUCCAAGAAGAAACCAGAGAGCUUCGAGUGACCCUUGCCACUUACUCACAGAUGGAGCAGGUGCUGAGGAACGCCAUCAGAGACGUCGGCCGCAGAGUGGGAAACACCGCAUUUUUGGAUCUUUUCGUCAAGCUAGGCCGAACUCCGGCAAACGCCAACCCGGCGUUCGAGUCAGUCUCCAGAAUGGAGAUAUUCAAGGACUUGGAGGAAGGCGGAGCCGACGUUAGCGUAGUUGACAUCGCAUACGGAGCACAGGAACUAGGAUGUAAAACGGCCAAAGAAGCGGAACGAGAUGAAGACGAACCACUCAUCGACUCGAUAACUCUGCACGGCCGCCGAUUGGAGCUAACGCGCGAUCAGCAGGAAGCACUGGCACUGGGAAACAGCAAAUAUCCACUAAUAGCAAUUCAGGCUGCGUUUGGAACAGGCAAAACGGUUGUUGGCGCCUGCGUGGCCAUACGCCAAGCUCUCGCUGGACAACGGGUCAUCAUCACCGCCUCCACCAAUACCGCCGUAGCCCAGUUUGCGAACACCAUCCUCGAAUUCGGGGAGGCGCAGCAGGUUGGGGUGACUCGCUUCGUAGCAGAAGCCAUCGCUUUCGACACGGACGCGCCGACAACCGCCGUGGACCUUCCUGAAAUCUUGAAGAUGAUCGGAACGGUGUUCCAAAGACAGCUCACGAGGGAGAAGGAGACGUGCCGGACCUUCACGCAGGGACGAAUACGAUACGAAAGUCAAUAUAUACAGCUUCAGGUUCCCAAAUCACUCCUUGUCUACCCGGUGUCUCGACUGUGA